AUGUUCUCUCAAACAUUGAUCGUUGCCUUUACUAGCCUCAUGGCCUCUACCGUUGUUGCAAGCCAGAUGGCCCAGCCUCAGAUGCUCCCUCGGACUGAAUCGCCUGAUUGCACUGCCGCAGCCGAAGCCCUCGUCACCAACGGCGUCGAGCCCUCGGGCGACCUUGAUGCCGCCCUUGGGGUCUUCCUCCAGACUGCCGCCCCAAGCGACUACUGUGACCCUGCUACCGUUUUGGCGGAGUCCCUGCAGUCCACUUACUCGGCUUACAAAUCGGGUGUGCUGUCCUAUUUCAGCGUACAUACUUCCGAGAUUGCCAGUGUCGAAUCUGCAUGCCCCGAUGCCGAGUACGCCACGUCUCUGGUAUGGCUUCACUCUAUCUUCGACGGUUCUCACUGCACAUUCAAUGGAACUUCUGCACUUCCAACUGGCGCUGCUACCACCACAGCCUCGUCGACCGUGGCCCCUGUAACUGCUGGUGCCGCUUUGGCUCGUGAGACGGGCAUGAUCGCCGGUUCUUUAGCUCUUGCUGGGUUCAUGGGAGCCGUUGCGGCUUUGUGA